UGUCGCAUGAGGAGAAGGCAGCAGGAGGAUCAGCAGCCCUAGGCCCUUAUCUAAACAAUUAACUUUUGUCAUCCAGCUCACCCGGUUUUCCCCCAGCCCUCUACGGAAGAGUGGAUAGAGAGUGUCAGACUGAUAUAGAACCGCCUAGAUUGUGGAACUUAUGAGAUUGGUUCAACCUCGCUUCUUCCAAGACGACCUUCCCCCCCUACACCCUUCUCCAUUGUUCCUGUCCCACGUAGACUCUCCUUCAUUUCAAAUCUUAAGGGGAUUAUUACUCCCAGGAGGAUUUCAUUCUCUCUGAAAGGGAAACUUCUUGACGAACGAAGCGUGUGUGACAUUCGCUUUUCCGGUCUCCUGGUACGAGGAACAUCGAGAAGACUCUUGAGUGCCAAAACCACAAUGACCCUCACGUCGGACAAGGCCCUAAUGAGAAGGCACAACGGGGACCAAGGGCUCUUGUGGUUAUGUGCAUUUUUGUUGUCCAUGAUUUGCUGUGGUUGUGGGCGAGGAGCUCUGGGCUCAAGUGCCCCUAUUCACGGGGAACAAUCUGCCUUUUUGGAGCCCUCCCCGCAAAUCUUGGAAGUAAAGACAUUUCAAAGUGGUGGACAUCCCAACGACAUCUUGGCUUCCAUGGAGUCAGUUCGUCCCGGGUUCUUCAUGCAGACAACACAUAGAGAAACCAUUCAGAGGAUUGGCGCCGUCCAAGGGAGCUCGGUGAACCUGCCAUGCAACAUCACACCGCCCAUCAUCACCGACAAGGUCCGAUUGGUCCUCUUUUUCCGAAACGACUCCAAGGUUCCCAUUUACACUUAUGACACGCGUGGCCAAUCACAUGUCGAGGCUCGACAUUGGUCCGAUGAAAAGAUCCUGGGCUCACGAGCCUUUUUUCGAGGGGAUGAAAGUCCGGGGCGAUUGGUCCUGGAUACGGUCCAACCUGACGACGGUGGGAUCUAUCGAUGUCGGGUGGAUUUCUAUCGUGCUCCUACCACGAUUGAAUCAGUCAUGCUAGAUAUCAUAGUGCCACCCGAAAAACCUAAGAUCUACGACGAGCGCAAUCAAGAAGUCCGAUUGAAGUUGGGUCCUUACAAAGUGGGCGACGAGGUUGCCUUGAAAUGCAUUUCAAUGGGAGGUGAGUCAAGAAAAGCACAGAGACAGACACACACUCUCUCUCUCUCUCUCUACGUACUUGGAACCUCCACAAAGACAAACAUAACAUACGAGUAUGUACACCUGUUAUGGGAUUCCUUUCCUUCAGGCAAUCCAAGUCCGAAAGUAAGUUGGUGGCGGGACCAUGCUUUAUUGGACGACAUCUCGGAAGAAGUGACCAAGGGAGAAGUGGUGAACAAUCUCCGACUCCUCAGGCUCGCCAGAUCAGAUUUGCACUCCAUUCUCACUUGUCAGGCCUCGAACAAUAACCUUUCGGUCCCGGUUUCGACUUCCGUGAAAUUGGACAUGCAUUUUGGGCCAGUGGAUGUGAAGAUGAUUGGACGGAAGGACCCCGUGUCAGCAGGUCGUGUCUAUGAAUUUCGAUGCCAAGCUGUUGGAGCUCGACCACCGCCAGAAAUCACUUGGUGGAGGGGAUCCACACAAUUGAGAGAGAAUGUGACCAAUCGGACGAGCCCCGAUGGGAACGUCACCCUGAGCAUCAUCAACUAUGUCCCAUCGGUCAGGGAUGCCGGAAAAUACAUGAGCUGUAAAGCGGAGAACCCUGAGAUUCGGGAUUCGUCCAUUGAAGAUGGAUGGAAACUGGAUAUUCAUUACGUUCCUCAGUCCAUCCUAAGCCUAGGUACUUCCCUAAAUGGGUCUAACAUCAAGGAAGGCGACGACGUCUACUUCGAAUGCAAUGUUCGCGCAAAUCCCAAACCAUACAAGAUUACGUGGAGAUUUAACGAGAACCCAUUGCUCCACAAUGUCCAUGAAGGCAUCAUUGUGAGCAAUCACAGUCUGGUCCUUCAAGACGUGCGAAGGACUCAAUCUGGAAUCUACACGUGUCUUGCCCACAACAUCGAAGGAGAUGGCGCCAGUAAUCCGAUGACUCUAAAUAUUCGAUACGCGCCGUAUUGCAAACCAGAUCAGGUGCAGGUUUUUGGCGUAGCUCGCGAUGAAACCGUUCGCAUCUCAUGCGAGGUCAUUUCCAAUCCCAUUGGCUCCACGAGUUUCGAGUGGCGUUUCAAUGCGUCGGGCGAAUUGGUGGAUAUGCCUCAUGACAGAUUCAAGUCCACCAAUACCAAGUCCAUUGUGGAAUAUGUUCCUCGGACCGAGCUGGAUUACGGGUCGCUGAUGUGUUGGGCCAAAAACUCGAUUGGCAAACAAAGGGAUCCUUGCAUCUUUCACUUGGUGCCAGCUGGCACUCCUGAUUCUGUCAAGAAUUGCUCGUUUGGAAACCAGACAACCACAUCCUUUGAGGUUCGUUGCAUGGGUGGUUACAACGGCGGCCUUCCCCAGACGUUCGUGCUCGAGGCCAAGGAUAAUCACCAUUAUGGUGUAGUGGCCAAGCUUCACAGUCCCGUGCCCCAUUUCAAUGUCACUGGCCUUGAGCCAGGACGUUCCUAUGUAUUGAGUGUGUAUGCCCAAAACUCAAAGGGUCUGAGUACCCCGGUCACGUUGUAUUCAUUCACUAUCAAGGAAGCGGAAAAGCACACGGCCGGAUCCACUCAUCCGGCAAACGUAACAAGCCGCGAUGGGGUAUCGGUGACGCCCAUUCUAGGGGUCCUGGUGGCAAUUGCCUGUGGUUUGGCACUCGUGGCCGUGGCUAUCAUUGUUGUUUUGCGGAUAAGACCGGUCUAUAAUAGUAACAAGACCAAUCGGCCACAAAGGCCAGGCAUGAGUGGAUACCCUCCACCAGGCUCACAUAUUCCACUGAACCAACGGGAAAUUGAUGAAUGCAUUGACAUGGAUGGUAAAAUGAUCACCGGUGGUACUCCAGACCUCAUUCAACACAACAAAAAUUAUAUAGCGGAGGCCUCGUUUCAACAUGGUGUGAGCCAAAACCGCCGUUAUGCUGCUUCUGCCACUCUUCAGCGGAGACGGACCGAGGAUCCGGAUUUUGAGAGGCGAAAUCGCAUCCGGAACAACUUUUCGAGACUGAGCCAAGAGGUGACAUACGCAGAGUUCACCAUGCCCCGAAAUAAGGGCUAUGCUCCAAUGAAGGCCCGAUCUUCUGACUCGCCCAUUCCUUUACAAUCCGUACAAGCCCAAUAUUCCACCGGUGUCAGGAACCCCCCGCCAAUGCCCCCGCCAAGAUAUACGGCCCCACCCACGGCAGAGGCCGCACCUCCGACUGCUGAUGACGACCCAUUUGCGUCUGAGAUGCCCUUGGUGUCUUUCCAACCGUAACCUAAAACAAAUGGUGGCCAAGAAUUUUUGAAGAAAAUGGAGAAUUAUACCUAUAUACCAAACCAAAAUGAGCCAUCGAGGUGGUCCUUCCUUCAUAGACUGUGAUAUUUCCUGGAAAUGUUAAGAUACGGGAUUUAUACGAGAAUAUCCUUAACCUGCUAACCGAUCGAUGAAGAUGGAAAUAAAACCCUAAAUAUUGUUAACUGAACAUGUCAUAAAUGAAUAAAUGUUGGUAACGUCUAUCAAAUGGAUGU